AUGCUCAACAUCACACGUCGUCAGGAAAAUGAUGACUCAUCAGAAUGGCUAAAAUCAACAACAGAAAUGACAGGUUAUGGCAAGGAGGUGGAGAAAAAGGAAUCCCCUUGCACUGUCGAGAAUGUGAACUGGUGCAGCUGUUGUGGAAAACAGUGGUCUGCCGAACGGUCUCCAGAAGAGAGUGCCGCCCGCCCCCGGGGCACUCCUCGCCCACGGUCGCGCGCCCUGGCGCUCCGGGGGGCUGCGUGGGCUCCAGAGCUAGGGCUCCGGCCGCCGGGAGGGGAUGAGCGCGGCCGGUUCACGCGGCCUCCACGCCCACCUUCCCGCUACGCGUCCCCUCCCUUUGCCAAAGCUCAGACUCUGGGGCCGCCCUUAUUGUUGGCCGCGUCUGUCACUUUGUGGGCCGGAAAACGCCCAACCCCAAAAAAUAAUAUCGCUCCAAGCCUGCUGGCGUCCUCGGUGCCCUCUCCUCCUUCCCGGGCUCAGCGCGCUCCGGUUCCACGGGAGGCUGCGGCGGGAGGCAGCGGCGGGAGGGAGCGGCGCGGGCCCGGUGCGGCGCGCGGAGCUGGAGGCGGGCGCCGCGAUGCCCCCAGCGCCGUGGCGGCCCACGCCGGCGCGUACUGGGACGUGGUGGCGUCCUCCGCGCUCCUCAACUUCCCCGCGGCUCCGGGCUUUGGCAACUUGGGCAAGAGUUUCCUGAUCGAGAACUUGCUGCGGGCCGGGGGCGCCCCGCCGCACGCGUUGCAGCCACCCCCGCACCACGGCCCGGCGUCCGCUCUAGUGGCCGCCGCCGCCGCCGCCGCCACGGCAGCCGGCGCGCAGGUCCGGCCCCUGCCGGCCAACCCCGUUCCCCUCAAGCUGUGCCCCGCGGCCGAACCGGUCAGCCCCGGCGGAGCGCCGUACGGCACGCGUUGGGCUUUUCCGCGUUUCAGCCCUCGGUCGACGGGUUAUGCCAGGCUGCCGGGCCGGGCUCCGGGGGAUCGAGACUCUACCUUCCAGCCGUCAGCCCCAGCGUCUUCCAAACCUUUCUUCCUGAGUGCCUCACCAUUCUACUCUGCAUGCUGUGGUGGGUCCUGUCGGCGCCCAGCAUCCCCCACUGCUUUUGCAAGAGAAGAGAAUGUGCUGUCCCUCCUGACCCAGGACUCGAACUCCAAAGCUCGGCGGGGUAUUUUAAGAAGAGCUGUUUUUUCUGAGGAUCAGAGAAAGGCUCUGGAGAAAAUGUUUCAGAAGCAGAAAUAUAUCAGCAAAACAGACCGAAAGAAACUUGCCAUCAGCUUGGGGCUAAAGGAAUCACAGGUGAAAAUUUGGUUUCAGAACAGAAGAAUGAAAUGGCGGAAUUCCAAAGAGAAAGAAGUGCUUUCCAACAGGUGUAUCCAAGAAGUAGGCCUUCAAGAGGAUCCCCUCUCGCGGUCUGCUCUGGGGUUCCCUUCUCCAUGUCCUUCGCUCUGGGAAGUCUCCCAACAGCACUCAAGUCCAAGAUGGAGGGAGAAUUCGCCAGAACCUUCAGAAAGACUGAUCCAGGAGAGUUCAGGCACACGGCCCCCAGAAGCAAAUUCACUUCAGGGUGCCUUGUAUUUGUGUUCUGAAGAAGCUGGAGACAAGGGUGUGCUUACUGGGGCUGUCUGA